GAAGUACUGGUUUUCAUCAUGUGACCUCAAUUCUCGUUAGUAAAAAAACUAGAACAAGAUUAAAUAAAAGCUUUCUGUUAUGUUUAUGAUUUUCAUGGAACCAAACUUUGGUGUGUGUUUUAUCACUCAUUUUGAUGCCGAGGAAAAAUAAGGCACAAAACGCCUGCCACCCGCAAAAGCAUUUUUUCAUAUAGGAAGUCACGUGAACAGAUACGAGAUGUUGAAAAUGGUGGGCCCUUUGACACCUCCUUCGCAAAUCGAUAGAUAAAUCUAGUUGUCUUUAAAGUAUGAGGAACUUUGACACAUAUAAUAAAUUAUGGUUUAUUGAAAGCAAUGGAUUUUGUCAAUACAUCAAACGUUUUUGAGCUUCCAAGUUAUCAGAGGCGAUUGCGCCACUUGAAGCUAGUCGCUGUACGAAAUUUGAAAUGCCAAUUUCAAUCGGGAAAAGAACUGAGCGAUCUAGAGACAUUUUUCUGUCUCCACAAGGACAGAGAUAGCAAAGAGUUCUACCAAAGUGAAAGAAUUACAGCAUCUCUGAAUCCUUCCUGGCAGAGCUUCGAUAUCAGCAGAUAUGAGGACAAAAUUAACACCACUAGUCAAUCUCUGCUGGUACGAGUCUGGGUAAAGAACAAGACAAGUACCCGCCUCCUCCUGGACUGGAUGGUGGAGCUAAACGCCCUGGAAUAUCUCGCAGACAAGCUCCAGCAGGAUAAAGGCAUUAAGUAUGCUCCAAACACUCUCAUCUUUGGAAUGUUUGAUCAAUUCUUCAGAGCCCCUGAAGUGAAGCCUGUGGGAUUGGGUGUUGGAGACCCAGGAGUUGAGGCAGAAGAUGAUAAAUCCAGUAAGUCACAAUCUGUAAGCACACAGUGCUUCCUCAAGGUGGAAAUAGCCAGCACCAAGAAGUCUUACACAGCCAGUUCUCUGUCCAGAAUAUACACCGUCUUAAGAGCAAUCAAGCAAACUCAAGCCUCGGUACAUAAAGUUCGAAGGUCAAUUGAGGACAAAUUAUUGUCUUCACAAGAGACAACAAGGAAAAGGGCAGAGCAUGAGGACCUGCUCCUCAAGAGGGAACAACUGUGUGCAGAAGUGACGUGGAGGACAGCCUCCGUCAACAAGAUGAAGGACCAGGCAGAUCAACUCCACAGAUCCAACCAAGAACAAGAAACAGCAAUGAAAAAGAAUAAAGAGAAAUUGGAAGAGAAACAGAGAGAACAGGCAGAAAAGAAGAAGGAUUAUGACCAAACAAGAGAAAAGCUAAUUAAAGAGAGUGCUCAACUUUUCAUCAGAAGGAAACAGCUGAUCCGUGAAUUAGCCACCUACAUUUAUCCAAUUACUGAGAAAAAAGGUCUAUAUUACAUUGCUAAUGUGUACUUGCCUAAUUCAGAAGAUUUCCAAGGCAAGGAUGACAACAUGAUAGGAGUUUCUCUGGGCUACACCUGUCAUCUGUUGUUGAUGAUUUCUGGUAUUCUGGACAUUCCACUCCGGUACAGCAUGACUCAUCUAGUGUCCAAAUCAGUCAUCCGUGACGACAUCCACAGCAGACUGGAGGACAAAGAAAGGGACUUCCCUUUAUAUUCCAAGGGCAAGGAACAAAAUUUAUUCCGAUAUGGAGUGUUCACCCUGAACAAAAAUAUCAGUCAGAUGCGGUUUUAUUUGGGGAUGGGAACGGUGGACCUGAGAACCACUCUGAUGAAUAUAAAGACGUUGCUGGAGAAUAGACUAGGCUUGAAACCAGAGAGUCAGACUGCACAACUUCGUCCAGCGAGUGAACCGGGUGACAGACAAUACAGUGACUUUGACAGAACAGACACGCGAAGUUCCCUGGCGUCCUAUGGUAGGAUGGCAGUGGACUUCCGGAGGGAACUUUCUGUGCCGCCCACGGAAGAAUCUUCUAGACAAUCCUCGCCAAAUCUUCACGAGGUGGAGGAAAAGGAGAUUUUCCAUCCAAGCAGUGAUGACAAUUUCUUCAAAAUUUCAAACCCUGUGUCGGAGAGAUUGGCAGAUUUUGAGAGUGAAAUCAAUGGAUGUGCACAGGACACAGUGAAUUUUCAUAAGCCUUCGGACAAUCGCCGGCAGACUUGUUGGAACGGUGUAGGAAGCAAUGACUUUAAUGCUGGUGAUCAGCCUGAGGAGGACCAUAUAUAUGAAACUGUUAAUGUCAGAAAGACAGCCAGUGAAAGUUUAGAUAAAUCACCGAGUCCAUCAAAUAUUCUAUCAUCCUGAUGAGUGCUGAAUGUUAGAUGUGUGAAAAUUAUAUACCUACUGUAUACUCGAUGAUGAACUUACUCCUUUGGCCUCAACCCGCAAGUCUUUGCUUACUCAAAAAAGACACGUGAUUUUAAAUCUGAAAACUGACAGGAAUGAUUUCAAAACAUGUCCAAAUUGCUUUUCAGUGGAAAAACAAUUGGGUGAAUUCAUCCUUGUAUACAGUAAUUGUUUAUUUGAAGAAUCAAAUUGUGCAAUAUAGUUAUUAAAUAUUGAAAUAAUUAAAGAAUAUUUCAAAGUA